AUGCCCAUGACAGAGGCGCUUGAGCCAGCAAAGUCGGAUCAAAAGCUGAACUCGCCAUCGUUUCAGAUUCGGAUCUCCUACCUGAAACCUCGGAAGGCAGCCAACAUUCUUCAUACGAUUACCAUCUUCGAUAGCCCGACCCAAUCAGCUUAUCGAGCCAUAACAACGCGAAACGGAGUACAUCGAAAGAACACCGCAAGGCUUCAAGGUAUAAUUUUCCAACAAUCUUCCAAGCCCCUCUCUACCCCGCGAGACUAUUUUGAUCAACACCCAACAAGGUCCUCCAGCUCUAAUCUUUCUUCAACGACAUCUUACGAGGAGUCAACGCAAACUCCGACGCAGCGUUACGAUGAAUGUAGCUCUGGUCUCUGUCACCAGCCAGCUUGCAAGAUCUCCAAGCCACGGAGUGCGAUUUGCCGUGAGAAUAGUAGAAGAAAUGACCUUCGUGUCCGGUUCGAAAAACUCCCUGAGUCACGGUCGUCGGGCGCACGAGCACCUACGGAACGACCGUCACGCUCGUACGGCGAGUCUCAACUUGCCUCAGCGCUUCAAAAGCAAAAGCAAAAGCAAAUGAAGAUUGAAUGGGCAGAAUUGCACGUCUUUUUCGUUCAUAUCAUGGUGAAACUCAGAAGGAGAAACAGAGCGGUCACUGCGGGGAAUCUACACAAACAGUUCCAGCGGGGGUUGGAAGAGCGGAAUUGGGAGUCUCUCGCUUGUAUUAGCGAGGAAGAGUGCAUAGCUUUAUGGAAAUCUCAUGAGAUGCCGCGUAUUAAAGAGAAGAAUUGA